GCUGACUUUAUCGUGAGAUGUAACCUUCCUCCUCUGUCCAAAGAGUACACCACUGAUGUUGGUACCAGAACACACCUGCUUUCAGAACCUACUAUGGUCCCGCAAAUCCUUCGUAGAGAGUAUGAAGGCAUAUGGUUCCAGCUACAUCUACAUACCAGCGUUCUCCAUGAAGCCCGGCACUGACCCCUCCCUGCGGGCAUACUACGCCCUUACAGACUCCGCCUCCAACCAGACUGUCCUGUUUGCCAACCCGGACUUCCUUAAAAACGUUGGUCGAUUCUGGAAAAACCACGGCGUCCAUGGAAAACGGCUGUCCACAGGGUUGUUCCUGGUGAGCCUUGCCCUUGGCUUGUGUGAAGAGGUGACCGCUUAUGGUUUCUGGCCAUUUUCGGUGGGACUGGAUGAGCGGCCGGUCAGCCACCAUUAUUAUGACAACAUUCUCCCAUCCUCGAGAUUUCACGCCAUGCCUGAGGAAUUUUUGCAACUCUGGCACUUGCAUAAGAGAGGCACGCUGCGUAUGCGGGUCGGCGAUUGUGCAUAACAAAGGAGGACAGGAAAAAGAAAGGAAAAAUAAGUUGCCAGGGCAACAUCCUCAUAUCCCCACAGGAACAGGACAGCCAUCCUGUGAUUAGCAUGAGAAUACUGUGGGUUGUGAGGUGAUGCCCCACCCCCAAAUCUGGGCCUCUCUUUGGUGUCUAUAUGCUUGAACCUCAACUGCUACCAACACACCCCCACCCUCUUGUUGCCAAGGGACUGUUGUAAAGACUUGCAUGUGUACCCAUCCUCAUGUAUGCGCUCACUGGAAGCUUGUCGUGUCUGUUUGUAGAAGUCCCGGGGUGAUGAGGAACUCAGGUGUCAUGUGACCCAUUUAAACGGCAUCCUCCAGCAGUUGGACUUUUGAAUCUAAGGACUAUUUGUUCACUUACUAUAAAGAGAGAAUGGGGAAGGGGCUGAUUCAAACAAUCUCUUAAGAACUUUAAAUAGGAACUCAGAAAUUGGGAGAAAUGCUUUGAUCGUUUGGCAUAUUUUUGUUUCGUUUUGUCUUGAACAUUGUUUCUCUGGAGGAAAUGAAAUAAGGAAUAAUGUGAAACUCUUACUCGCAGUGUUCGCAUAUAUACAAAUCAGUAUACAAAUACAGGUUUUGCCUGGAAAAGGGAAGUUGGGAAUUGAAUGUACAGCCACAGUAUGAAAACCUGUUUCAAAAAUUUGAGACUGGUUUAAAGUGAAGGCUGCAGUUCACAUAUUAUUGUGAGUACAUUUCUAGUUUUAUUUAUUUUUGACAUUCAGUGAAGUAGACCAUUUACCAAGAGCCACCUGGUCAGUCUAGAUUAGUCAUGAGGUCUUGCAUGACCAUAGUGUUUUGUCAAGCUUGGAGAGAGAAAUCAUGGGCUGAGAGACCACAUCCAGUUGGAAGACUUCCACAAAAUGGGUGGAUGUUACGAAGUGGUGCAAUGAUCCCUUAUCACAUGGUUGAAGGGGCACCAAUCAUACGAUGAACGUUUUGUUGCCUGUUAAGGUGCUGGACACCUGGUCCGGAACGUGUAAAUACUCAAUCACCAGUUUUGUUACUAUUUCCACAAGAAUCAUGGUUUCUCUGAAUGUAUGGGCAGUCAUUUUGGUAGUCUGCCCAGUAACUUGUUUCCUUGACUUAUUUUUUGUUGUUGUUAAACUGCACACAGGGAAUUAGGUUUAAAUUUGUAGGUGCUAGCUGUAACACAUGCACUCCAGCUUAGUCUAAAUAUAUCACUGACAGACAGUUGUAAUAGGUACGACUGGUAGGAGAAUGCACUAUUAUGUUGAUUUGAAGCCAGAGACCUCAGUAUUUAUAGGGUUAGUUCACCCAAAAAUGACAAUUGUCAUCAACUACUCACCCCAUGUCAUGAAAAACCCAUUUCUUUCAUCUUUGAAACACAAAUUAAGAUAUUUGAAAUGAAACCUGAGAGUUUUGAGAUCGACUGAAAGUUUGAAACUGUUCAUGCUUCAAAAAAAAAAAAAGACUUCUUUAUACAUAAAGAUUGAUCAACGCACAUAUAUGUGCAUGUGAGCAUCUCAAAUAUGGUAAAUGCAAGCCCAACCAUACUUUCUUGAUGCCUGAUAACAAACCUCAUUGGUUUUCGUUUGAGCUUUCUGAAACGUCAAAGUUUUGGUGUAAUGGGCUUUCAAUGGAGGGACAAAAAUCUCUCAGAUUUGUUUUAUGGAUUUGGAAGGACAUGAGGGUGAGUAAAUGACAAAAAAAUAUAUUUUAAGGUGAACGAUUCCUUUAAUGGGAGGACAGAGUUGCCUUUAAAUUCCAUUUAAAGCAGGUAUUUUUGCAUUCAGGUAGCUAGAUGUAAAACAGCUUAACUAACUUGCUUCGCGAGAUUCUCCUACUCUAUGGCGUCCCUCGUGGCAAAACUGAGAUUGUGUACUUGAAACUGAUUGAAAUUAGUAAACUUUUUGAUAGUUGUUGUGUAUACAUAUUGCUUGUGCAUUAAUGUACGGAAGCUCUACUAUGAGCUAUGUAAUGGUUGAAUCUCACAAAAUACAUUACCCGGUCACAUUUCACCCCAAUCAAGAGGAAAAUUGACAAUUGAGCACAUUUCCCGUCCAUGUCCUCAUUAUCAUAAUGUGUUUGGAAAAAUCGAAAUAAAUAAUGGAGCAUGAAUGCUUGAGCUUAAUUCUAGAAGUGUUAGUGAUCAUGAAAAAAAUGGGGUGAACUAUGACCUGGACUUGUUCUUAGCAGGUUUCUGGAGACUCGCUUUGAUAGCAAAGGAAACGUGUGCACUCAUUUGAGUAUCUCCAGAAAUUCUCAUUACCAUAUUUUCACACUUUAAGCCAAUGAGUGCCUUUAUCAGUAUUAAAAAGGCUAUAGACAUUAUUUUAUCAAGGACAAGUUUUUAAACAGAUCUAAGGAUUAUUUAUUUUCCCCCCAAACGCAGACUUAAAUAACCUCACUGAAUUGUUUUUAAAGGGAUACUCCACCCCAAAAUUAAUAUUUUGUCAUUAAUCACUUACCUC